AUGAGUAGUACCACCACCAUACCACCACCAUCUCACCAACAUCCAAAGUCUAGCCUUACCUACAAACCCCACGCAGACUUCCCUUUCGGUAUUCAAGCAGGAAAUAUCGUAUCAAAAGCAGAGCCACUUCAUCCACCAACCUCGUGUCCUUCAAUGGCAUGA